UCACACAUGUUAUUCGGUCGCCAAUUUUUAUUUUACAAUUCCAAUUUCUCAAUAAGGUAAAGUAAGAGAAAACUGUGGACAAUAUGGAGAAAGACACCGAGUCUGCCUUCAGACGGCACCAGGCGAUCGUGCCCCAGGUGAAACAAGCUUACGAGGAAGCCAUUGGGCUGAUCUUUGCCGAUUUGAGUCCGUCAGAUCUGGACUCUUGUGCCAACAUCCUUGAGGAACACGAAAACUCAAGCCUGGACACCGAGCAAAUAAUAAACAGCACUCGAAGCCUUAUGACGAAGAUCGUCCUCGAUCUUAACCAAUGCGUCUUCGCUGGCAACGACGUGGAGACCAAGCUGACUACUUUAGAGAUGCUCAAGGAGCAGUUUGCUUCCCAUGAGGGUACUGACUGGAAAUUCAACAGUGCAUCCCCUGAAGACGUCACUCGCCCGUUGCGCAUGCACAAUCUGGAUCUCAGCAUUCGUUACAUCGAGCGACAGCUGCAGGUCCAGGAGAAGGAGCUUGAGAUUGCUAUGGCCAAAAGCAUUAAAAACCGUAAGCGUAUACAAGAUGUACAGGCCGAGCGAGUAAAAGUGGAAUUUUUAAUAAAGGAGAGAAUGGCUCAGUAUCAGGAUAUUAAGCCGCUUUUAAUCGAGAUUGAGCGUUCAUUUAAUGAUUCGUAUUUACCAUAGAUGUUAUUUUUUAAACGGAAUUGUUUGAUUAUUUAAAAUUUACGUUUAUUAUAA